CUGAGGGGGGCAGUCGGGAGGGAGCCGGAGGCCGCUCAGUCGGUCGACUCACUCACUCACACUCGCUCGGCUCUCAGCGCGCGCGGUACCGAGGCCCGUGGCGCCGGGGAGAGAGAGGGGGAGAGAGAGAAAGAGGGAGAGAGAGGGGAGAGGGGGGGAUGAACCCCUCGGGCCGCGGCACCGGCACCGCCAGCGGCGGGGAGAUCCAGCGGAAGAACCCGCAGCAGGACUUCGAGCUGAUCCAACGGGUCGGCAGCGGCACUUACGGAGAUGUCUACAAGGCAAGGAACCUACAGACAGGAGAGCUGGCUGCAGUUAAAAUUAUCAAACUGGAAGCAGGUGAUGAUUUUUCUGUUAUACAGCAAGAAAUCUUUAUGGUUAAAGAAUGUACACAUUCCAACAUUGUGGCCUACUUUGGAAGCUAUCUAAGCCGUGAAAAAUUAUGGAUCUGUAUGGAAUACUGUGGUGGUGGAUCACUUCAGGAUAUCUACCAUAUAACAGGACCACUUUCAGAAAUGCAGAUAGCUUAUGUUUCUAGAGAAACAUUGCAGGGCCUUGGCUAUUUGCAUAGUAAGGGAAAAAUGCAUCGAGAUAUUAAGGGAGCAAACAUCUUACUGACAGACCAUGGUGAUGUAAAGUUAGCUGACUUUGGUGUUGCAGCAAAAAUAACAGCUACCAUGGCCAAGAGAAAGUCCUUCAUUGGAACUCCAUACUGGAUGGCUCCAGAAGUUGCUGCAGUCGAGAAGAAUGGUGGCUACAACCAGUUGUGUGACAUCUGGGCAGUAGGAAUCACAGCAAUCGAACUGGCAGAACUGCAGCCUCCCAUGUUUGAUUUGCACCCUAUGAGGGCACUCUUCCUGAUGUCUAAAAGUAGUUUUCAGCCUCCCAAGUUGAAAGAUAAAAUUAAAUGGAGCACCAUAUUCCAUAGUUUUGUCAAAGUAGCAUUGACAAAAAGUCCAAAGAAGAGACCGACAGCUGACAAGCUAUUAACUCAUCAAUUUGUGACACAACCAUCUUUAUUGAGAGCAUUGGCAGUAGAACUGUUGGACAAAGUCAAUAAUCCAGAAAAUCAUCACCAUUUCGGCGAGGCAGAUGACGAUGACCUUGAGGCACUUUCAGCUGUUCCACACACCAUUCGUUCCACUCAUAAGAACACAAGAGCAGAAAGAACACGAUCAGAGAUAAAUUUUGACCAGGUGCAGUUUGAACCUCCUUUAAGAAAAGAAACUGAAGCUCAUUGUGAAAUGGACCAAGAUGCUGAGUUUGGUUCAUCAUGGAGCCCAUUUGCAGAUGGAGUUGGUAACAAGAGUCUUCUUAAAUGUGUUGAGGAGGAAUUACAACAACGGGGGCACAUAGCACACCUGGAAGAGGACUUUGAUGAUGAACUCUCAACACUUAAACGAGGAGCUCCACCUCCACUGCCACCAAAGCCAAGGGGGCACAGUGUCUCAGAUGAUGGUGUUUUAGGUGAAGAGAGGUCACGGACAGUCAAGCGGCAGCCUCAUAUGGAAAAUGGCCCAUCAUCUGCACCUAGAAGACAGAGUACUCCCACAACGUUAUAUCGAUCAGAAAUUCUUGAAACGUCCCUUUCCAACAGUGUCAGUAGCCCAGGAUUGCUUGAUACAAGAGCCAAUGACAGAGGUAUCGCAGAACAAAUUUCACGUUUAAAUGGUGAAAAUCCCGAAGUAGGUGAACAGCCACCAGCAGUACCUCGGAGAAAAGAAAAAAGAGAUUUUCUUAGGUCAGCAAUUAAUGGUCUUCCCCCAACUCCAAAAGUGCAUAUGGGGGCAUGCUUUACAAAGGUAUUUGAUGGAUGUCCUUUGAAGAUUAGUUGUGCCACAUCUUGGAUACACCCUGAAACAAAAGAUCAGUACUUAAUCUUUGGAACAGAAGAAGGUAUAUAUACUUUAAAUCUGAAUGAACUACAUGAAGCUUCAAUGGAACAGCUGUUCCCAAGGAGAUGUACAUGGCUGUAUGUUAUCAAUAAUAUUUUAAUGUCUUUAUCAGAAGGGAAGUCAUUUCAGCUUUAUUCACACAACCUGAUUGCCUUGUUUGAACAAGCAAGGAAACCUGGGUUAGCAUCCCAUAUGCAAACGCACCGAUUUCCUGACAAGAUAAUACCUAGAAGGUUUGCCUUAACAACAAAAAUUCCUGAAACAAAAGGCUGCCACAAAUGUUGCAUUGUGAGAAAUCCAUACACAGGACACAAAUAUCUCUGUGGAGCCCUGCAGUCAGGUAUUGUCUUACUGCAGUGGUAUGAGCCAAUGCAAAAGUUCAUGUUGAUCAAGCACUUUGACUUUCCACUCCCAAAUCCUCUUAAGGUGUUUGAAAUGCUUGUGGUACCUGAACAGGAGUACCCAAUGAUCUGUGUAGCCAUCAGCAAGGGUAGCGAACCCAACCAAGUAGUCCGGUUUCAGACAAUAAACCUGAACUCCUCUUCUUCAUGGUUUACAGAAAUAGGUUCAGGCAACUGCCAGGUAGAUACGAUCCAAGUAACCCAACUGGAAAGAGACACGGUGCUUGUCUGCAUGGACAAAAGUGUGAAAAUCGUAAAUCUACAAGGAAAAUUGAAAUCGAACAAAAAGUUGGCAUCAGAACUGAGUUUCGACUUUUGCAUUGAAUCCGUAGUGUGCCUUCAAGACAGUAUAUUGGCCUUCUGGAAACAUGGAAUGCAGGGCAAAAGCUUUAAGUCAAAUGAAGUUACUCAAGAAAUAUCUGAUAAAAGUAGAGUCUUUCGUCUCUUAGGAUCUGACAGGGUUGUAGUGUUGGAAAGUCGACCUACUGACAAUCCUACAGCACACAGCAAUCUCUAUAUUCUAGCUGGCCAUGAAAACAGUUACUAAGCAACACCAAGAAACUUGAUCACAAUGGCUGCUGAUUGAAAUGAGACGAACUUAAAACUGCUUCGGACGAGGAACAUUCAGUGUUGAGGAAUAUAUAAAAACAUAAUCCAUGUUUUGGCUACAUUGACCUAUUUGUGUGUGUUUGAUUAUGCUUAGAGUCUAUCAAAGUAAAGUUUUUUUUAAAAAAAUAGCAAGUUAGUAAAUGUGAUAGCUGAACAUGGCAUUAUUGAAAAUGUCUUGCCACUGUGUGGUUGGUCAGUCAUAUCAAGUCUAUUUCACCACAGCCAUCACUAACAGCUACAUUAUAAACUGUGUCAAAGAUCUUGUUUCUAAUUGUGAAACUUUGGUAAUUCACAGCAAAACGAAGGUAUGCCGAAAACCUGAAAAAGUGCCAAAAUGUGUACUCACACAUUUCAUAAAUCUUUGCAGCAAAGUUCAUUGGUCUGUGUUAAUUGUAAUACGUAAGGUCCAUAGCUAACUUUUUAGUACCAGUUCUUUGAAAAACUGUCUUGCCUAAUAGUUUUGUAGAGUUUAGUGCACCAGCUGCAAGAUUGUACAGCAUAUAAAAAAAAUCUGCCGUAGUGUAAAACUGAAUAUUUAAAUGCUUUAUUUAUUAAUCUGCCAUCUAUGAAAGAUUAUAUACUUAUGGGAAAAAAGGUAAUCUUGUCAUACAAAUUUAGUCAAAUUUACCUUAAAGAAGGUAAGGGCUGUUAGAAGGGGGUAAAAGAUAUUUUAGCUGUUUGGCUGGGCAUAUUGUAGUAUAUAAUGUAGAUGUUAACUCUUACACUGUUACUUUGUAUAAAGGCACAAUAAUAAGCACUUUUUUGUACAACUUUAAUUAUUUGUGAGGUUUGGCUGUAUAGAUGCCAUGGUAGAAUUUUUUCAUCAAUCUUAAAGCUUUUCCUACAUAAUGUAUAUUGAAGGUGGGUUUUUAUACCUUUAACAUAUAGUAAUAUUGGUCUGAAACUGACUGUAGUAAUAAAAUAGCGGGUCAUAAAUGUCAAAGAUGUUUGAAUAUUUCAGAAAAUUGGUGAUACAAAUUCUCUGUUGGUUGUCAUUCUAUUUCAUCAAUGUUUACUUUUCCCUUGAAUUAUAGCUUCUGAAUGCAGGCCGUAGACAUUUUUAGUAACAAAUUCAGUUUCUACCUCACCCAAAGAAUUUGUCAUCCUUAUUUUCUGCCACCUACUUUCUUUAGCCUGUUCUUUAUACAACAUCUGGUUGGAAAACUGCUCAGUGGUUUUUAUUAUUGUUCGCAUUCUUCAAUUUUACAUGCUGUGCAUUAUAAAGGUUGGAAUUAAAACACUAUUUGUAGAACAAACUAAUUUUAGUCGUAUAAUGUGCAUCUGUAAAUAAUGUAUAAUAAAAUAUUCAGUGCAUUGUUACAUAAAUUA